AUGACAAGCCUGGUACUCGUUUUCAUUGCCCUGGCAGCAAUUGAAGCGACAGCAGCUGGAGAAGAUACGAUUGUAAAUGUGCAUCCAUUUGUGUGCAUUGAUGGUUCCAAGAUCCCAUUAGCUAAUGUUUGCGAUGGCAUAUCGAACUGUCCCGAUUCUUCUGACGAACUAAGGAAACUCUGUCAUCAUAUCGUUUGUCCUGCACCCAUGUAUCGAUGUGCUUAUGGUGCAUGUGUCUCAAGAAAUGUUCGCUGCGACGGUUUUCAAGAUUGCGCUGAUGGGAGUGACGAAUUUCGAUGUGAGAUUAAUGAAAUUUGUUCAGAUCGAGAACACCAGUGUUUCUCUUCGUCAAAAUGCGUUCCAUUUGCUCAGAUUUGUAAUGGGUAUGAAGACUGCGCUGACGGUAGUGAUGAAAGUCCAACACUUUGUAAAGAAUAUCCAUGUCCAUCUCACACAUACUCUUGUUCUUAUGGAGGCUGUAUACAUCAAGAAGUACUUUGCGAUGGUGUUAAAGAUUGUGUUGAUGGAACUGACGAAGAUCCCAAUAUCUGUACUGCUAUUAAUUGCAUAGGUGACGAAUGUAGCAAAUUUACUUGCAGGGAAAAGGAGUUUGCUUGCGAAAGUGGAAGACAAUGCAUUCCCAAAAGCAAACUUUGUGAUGGUGUACAUCAAUGCAGAGAUGCUUCGGAUGAAAAUCCCAAAACUUGCAAAAAAAUUCACUGUGGAGAAGGCACCUAUCGAUGUGCUUAUGGUGCUUGUAUACCAGAACAUCUGAAAUGCAACCUGCAAGCAAACUGCCAUGAUUGGAGCGAUGAAGAUGAAGAAGUAUGUGGAAUUCCCUUACCGGAAGGUGCCUGUCGCUUACCUGCUGCCAAACCCGGAACACAUUAUUUUGUCCACGGGUGCCCAGAAUGUCGUCCAGGUGAUGUAAAGCCGGAACUCACUAGACUCGACUACACCUGCGAUAUUAAAAAUUCACUUCAGGGUUCUAGCACUGUUUAUUGCCAGAACAAUAAUUGGCUUCCUCCGAUUCCAAUGUGUCCCACUGAGGACAAGGAAAUAACUUGUGCCCCAGUUUUUGCACCAGGAGCUAGAAAACGAUGUGAAGCUAAAUGGGGAUCUCAUCAAGGUUGGGUUCCCUGUGAUAAAAAUGUUCCUGUUGGAACGCAAGUUUCCCUUGAAUGUCCAGAAUUUUAUGAAAGAUACUCUGGAGCGUCACAUACCACAUGUCUUCAUGAUGGUACUUGGAGUCAAAUUCCAUUGACCUGUGCGCCUACUUGUGGAGUAAGGGAUACUUCUGUGGAACCAUUAAUCGUCAAUGGAUGGGAAGUCUCGCCAAUUGAUCCUUUACCAUGGCACGCAACUUUAUUCUCACAUGAGAAUGGUAAUUGGUCUUUUUUCUGUGGAGGAACGUUGAUUGCAGAAAGAUUGAUUCUCACUGCUGGUCAUUGUGUCUGGAAAACUGAACCUGAUACAAUAAAGGUGGUACUCGCAACUUUUUCAAGUAACAUCACGAACCGCGAUGAAAACACCCAAAUCAUAGAUGUAGAAAAAAUUGAUAGUCAGGACUCGUAUCAAGACCACGAAGGAAAUUAUAAUUCCGAUGCAGCUCUUUUAAUACUAAAAAAGUCUGUUACGAUAAAUUCUUUAGUGAGACCUGCUUGUAUCGACUGGGAAAAUAAUCUCGAUGUUUCUCUAAGAAGUGGUGAAAUUGGUCUAGUUUCUGGCUUGGGAUUAACAGAAAACGACACUUACAGCAAGACUUUACGAGUAACUUCCCUGAGGAUAGUUUCGGAAGAGAAAUGUCGCGAAAGUCAUACGAAAGAUUUUAGAAAAUAUUUAACUUAUACGACAUUUUGUGCUGGGUGGGAAAAUGGAACUGGAGUUUGUAAUGGAGAUAGUGGUGGAGGAUUAGUUCUUCAAAAACCUAACACAUCGAUAUGGGAAAUUCAGGGUAUUGUUUCCAUUAGUCCUAGAAGAUUAGGAUCCGCUUUCUGCGAUCCUAAUUACUACACAAUUUUCACAAAGGUUUCCGUCUACAGUGCUUGGAUCAGAAAAAUUUUGGAAACUCUUCCAAUACUUGGACCACCUGAUUUACAAGAAUCGCCUAAUAAAGACACUACGAUUGCUUGAAUUAAUUCUCGUAAUCAUAUUCAAUAAUAAAAAAUUUAAUUUAAAUUUGAAAUAGAAAUUUUAAGGCGACUUUUUCCAUUUGCAAUUGUCAUGAGUGGAUUCAAUUACAAUUAACCUUUUUUUAUAACUGAAUAAUAAUGGUUCUAAACUUUUAUCUAGACUUUUAUAAUGGCGGUCGCAAUAAAUUCUGAU